UUGCAGUCAGGAGUCAGAAGUACAAGAUGAAGUACCUGAGAGAAAGGAAAAACCCAUCUGUAAUCUCAGCCAUUUGUUAACCCUUGUUAACUUCUAUCAGGAGAGUGAGGGGAAUGCACAGUCGGCCUAUCUUGUUGACAGUCUCUGGGAUUGUUCGGCAUUCAUCCUGAAAGACUGGGAGUCCAUGACGGCUUUAUUACUGGAAGAUGAAGACUCUGGAAAGGAAACUUUGACCAGCUCACAGAAAAAAGCACUGGUUGAAAUUAUGUUGAGCACCAUACGACAGGCUGCAGAAGGCCAUCCGCCUGGAGGUCGAUGUUUAGGAAAGAAGGUUCAAAUGACGAAAGAGAGAAAAUCACAGAUUGACGAUCGGGCCAAGCUCACUGAACAUUUCUUUGUUGUACUUCCACAGCUCUUAGCUAAGUAUUCUGCUGAUAGAGAGAAAGUCAUUACAGUCAACCUUCUGCAAAUACCUCAGUUCUUUGACCUGGAGGGUUACGGAACCGCACAGCUAGAAAAGCAUUUGGAUACCUUACUGAAGCAGUUAAGGGAAAUUGUGGAGGAACAGACGGAUUCCGAAGUCUUGGAAUUCUGUUCGAAGACAUACCUUGUCCUCAGUAAUGAAGAAUGGGCUACUCAGGACCAAGUAGAUUCUGCAAAGCAUCAACUGUUUGAUCAGCUGGUGACCAGGUUCAACAGGGUGCUGAUGGACUUCCUCCAUAAG